UGUACUAAUUGUCAUACUAAAACUACCCCACUUUGGAGAAGAAAUCCUCAAGGACAACCACUAUGUAAUGCUUGUGGAUUGUUUUUGAAAUUACAUGGUGUUGUCCGUCCAUUAAGUUUGAAAACUGAUGUCAUUAAAAAGAGACAACGUAAUUCAAAUCCAAAGAAG